AGAGCUCAGUUUUAUUUCAUCAACCAAACGAGAAGAACUAAGCUAUAACAAUGGCCACCUAUGAGCAAGUGAAAGAUGUGGUGAAUCAUCCAGAGAUUUACUUAAUCGAUGUGCGCAAUCAAAGUGAAAUCGCAGAGACUGGCAGCAUACCCGCUAGCUUUAAUAUACCUUUGCCUGAAUUGAGCACCGCUUUAGCCCUUGAUGAACAAACUUUUAAGACUAAUUAUGGACGCGAUAAGCCUGCUUUAAAUGCUGAUAUCAUUUUCACCUGUCGCAGUGGGCGACGUGCGCAAGAGGCAGCAAAUAUUGCCCAAGCUGCAGGCUUUACCAAUGUACGAGUCUAUGCUGGCUCUUGGCUGGAGUGGGCCGAAAAGGAGGGCUUGAAAAAUUAAAUAUUUUUGCAUGCUAUUCAAGACCGCACUUGGGUGAUAGAUAAGCAACUAUUUAAAUUAUAUACAAAUUUUAUACGUGCACACCAUUUUAA